AUGGUCGAAACAAUCAAAAUCGAAACAACAACAAUACCAAUAACAACAACAACCAUACUCAUUCUCCUCAUCCUACCUCUUCAACCUCUUCCUCUGCCUAUUCUUCUCCUUCGUCAUCUUCUUCUCCACCUCCUUCCCGUCGCCCCACUCGUUGUCCCCAGACUGGCAGGGUGAGCCCGCUCACUCUGGCAGCCUGGAAUGUUCGUUCCCUUUUAGACAAUCCGAGGAGCAACCGACCGGAGCGGAGAACGGCUCUAGUGGCACGAGAGCUCGCCCGCUACAAGGUGGGCAUCGCCGCACUCAGCGAGACCCGAUUCUCCGAACAAGGCCAACUGGAGGAAGUGGGUGCCGGCUACACCUUCUUCUGGAGUGGUCGGCCCAGGCCAGAGAGACGAGACGCGGGCAUCGCCUUCGCUAUCCUGAACGACAUCGUGGGACGACUGCCCUGUUUGCCGCAGGGAAUCAACGACCGCCUGAUGAGCCUCCGUCUGCCUCUCCGGAGUGGGGGCCAAUUCGCCACCAUCAUCAGCGCUACGCUCCGACGAUGACUAACCCCGACGCCGUCAGAGACAAAUUCUACGAGGACCUGCACGCCCUCUUGUCGAAUGUGUCGAAGGCGGACAAGUUGAUUGUCCCUGGCGACUUCAACGCCCGCGUUGGCACAGACCAUACUGCCUGGAGAGGAGUGCUGGGUCCCCACGGUCUCCGCGGCUCAAACGACAAUGGUCUGCUGCUUCUCCGCACCUGCGCAGAACACCGCCUCAUCCUGACGAACACGUUCUACUGUCUGCCGGAGCGAGAGAAGGCCACAUGGAGGCAUCCUCGGUCGCGUCAGUGGCACCUGCCGGACUAUGUCCUCGUCCGAGGCGAGAUCAGCGGGACGUGCUGGUGACGAAGGCGAUCGCGGGUGCUGACGGGUGGACCGACCAUCGCCUCGUCAUCUCAAAGAUGCGUAUUCGCCUACAGCCCCGCAGGAGACCACAACGUAAGCGACCCCCAGGUAAGCUGAAUGUUGCUUUGUUGUCUUUGCCUGCUCACCAUCCUCAUUUCAGCAAUGAGCUAGCUCAACGGCUAGACAACCUUCCUAUCGCUGCCGACGCCGCCGCUGCUGAGAACGCCUCCGUGGAGAACCGCUGGAGUCAACUGCGAGACACGGUCCGGUCGACGGCAUUCGCCGUCCUCGGUCGCGCUCCCCGCCAACAACAGGACUGGUUCGACGACAACGACGCCGCCAUCAGACAUCUGCUUGCUGAGAAGAACCGCCUACACAAAGCCUACGUAGAUCACCCCAUUGAGGACAACAAAGCUGCCUUCUAUCGCAGUCGCCGCCAGCUCCAGCAACGACUGCGCGAGAUGCGGGACGCCUGGACUGCUCGCAAAGCUGAGGAGAUCCAAGGCUACGCGGACCGCAACGAAUGGAAGAACUUCUUCUCUGCGAUCAAAGCUGUCUACGGUCCGCCGACGAAGGGCACUGCUCCUCUCCUCAGCGCCGACGGUAGCACUCUCCUGACUGAGGAGACACAAAUUCUACAGCGAUGGGCCGAGCAUUUUGCCGCAAGUAGAGACCAACGUGGACCUCGACCUCCCGCCAUCUCUCCAGGAAACGAUCAGCGCCGUGCAGUAGCUCUCCAGCGGGAAAGCACCCGGAUCGGACGCGAACCCUGCUGA